UCGGCCACGCCCACCGCGUCUCAGGAAGCGGAAUUUAGCCAGGCAACUCUAACGUCGUUUUCUAUUGGACGACUUGCGAGCCACUGGCGUUGAUCCCGCAGUGUUAUUGGCCAGAUACUUUGUUUAACAACGUUUCCUUGGAACAGCCCGGGAUCGUGAGGCUCCCAGACCUGUCCCCCCAGCUCUUGGCUCCGCCUCGUCUCGUCCCCUUAACUCUAUGUGCGCUGUUGGGGUUUGUCUCUUCUGGGUAUUGUUUCAGUGUGUCAUGGACCAUGAUUUCUUUCAGGUUAUUUCUUCCUCAUUUAUUCAAUAAAUAAUUUUGGCCACUUUCUUGGUCUCCAGCACUGUGCCAAGCAUUAUAGGAGACACACACAAAAACAGUAUGAACAAAGCACUAAAAGGAACUAAACGAGUCAAGUCCAGGAUUCACGUUCAGAUCAGAACAUCGGGGUCGCGCUAAGGUCACUACCAUGUUUUGUUCCAAAUUCCACAGCAAACAUACUUAUUAAGGGCAAGGAAUAUGCGGAGGGUUCUGGUUUGCAAAUGAUCAGUAAAUUAAAACACACACACACGGUUUCAAAGAACUAGACCUUUCAGGUUUAGAAUCUAAUGGGAACUCAUUUAACCCUUCAUUUUACAGCAGGUUUCUAAGUCUGCACUCCAGACGAGCUCGCUCCUCCCGGGACACAGAUCUCUUAACCUUCAGUGGCUUUAAUCUCAGUUGAUUCUCCCUCAGCCUUUUAAGCAAACACCUCAGCCUUGGUCCCUGGGCGCCUAACGCUCUCAUCAAGGAUCUCUGUAAUAGGAGUGAGCUUUGCUAAUUAACUAAGAAAAGAGAGAGGAAAAUAUUUCUUUUUUUCUCUCCCCCUUUUUUAGGAUAGUUGUAAGGAGAGAAGAGAGCUAGAGGCGGCCAGCCUUCUCCUUCGUCCCCUCCAGGGGGAAACACCUAUAGCCCCGCUGGAGCCCCCGGUCUUUAGGACCCAGGGGCAGGCUUCCCGGAAGAGGAAGGGGCGGGGUCUCAAGGCGCGCGCCGCGGCCUAAGAGGUUUGAAUCGCGCGCAGGCGCCGCGGGUGCGGGCUCUGGGUCUUUCAGUUUACCCAUCCAAAGAAGGGGGCAGUCAUGGACUUAGUUGUAGUGAGAGCGAAAGUUUAUACCAGUAAAGCUCUGGGAAUAAGCCUGGCCCAGGAAGGACUGCUGAGAGAACAGCCUGAGGACUCUUACCUGAAGAUUCUUUUAGCAGAAGUGUAAUGUCUCGGGAAGGUGAUUAUGGGAAGUGGACGAUAUCUAGUAGUGAUGAAAGUGAAGAGGAAAAGCCAAAGGUGGACAAGCCAUCUACCUCUUCUCUCCCCCUUGCCGGACAGGGAGCGGCAAACGAGCCACGGUACACCUGUUCCGAGGCUCGGCGAGCUGCCCACAGAAGGAAAAUGGCACCCAUGAAAUUCAGUGGCACGGAGUCGGCUUCAGCAGUUUCACCUCCCAAAAGGCAGAAAAGCAGUUCCCAGGAAGACCUCGGCUGGUGUCUGUCCAGCAGUGACGAUGAGCUGCAACCAGAAACGCAGCAGAAACAGCCUGGGAAAGUGGAGGUCAAGGAGGAAAAAGGGUCCUCUUCUCCCCAAGGCCACACAGCAGAAAGGACCGGAAACCACGGCCCUCCUGUCAGGCACAGGCUCAAAGAGGAGGAGGAAGAUGAGUAUAAGACCUCAGGGGAAGGCCAGGACAUCUGGGACAUGGUGAAUAAGGGGAACCCCUUCCAGUUUUACCUCACUAGGGUCUCGGGAAUUAAGCCGAAGUACAACUGCGGAGCCCUCCACAUCAGGGAUAUUUUGUCUCCUUUAUUUGGGACCCUUGUUUCUUCAGCUCAGUUUAACUACUGCUUCGACGUGGACUGGCUGGUAAAACAGUACCCACCAGAGUUCAGUCCUUAUAGUCGGCGGACAGAAGAAAUCCCCCUGGUUGUUGCUGAAUGUGUCUUGGCAAAGCUGUCAAGAGCAUCAUACCACAAACAAACAGUUGCCAUCAAGUCGACUCUGAAAGACCUAAAUGGCAAGUUGAGAAAUAAACCAAUCCUGCUUGUCCAUGGCGAUAAACGAGAAGCCAAGGCUCACUUACACGCUGAGGCAAAGCCUUAUGAAAACAUUUCCCUCUGCCAGGCAAAGUUGGAUAUUGCAUUUGGAACACACCACACCAAGAUGAUGCUCCUGCUCUAUGAAGAAGGCCUCCGAGUUGUCAUCCACACGGCCAACCUCAUCCAUGCCGACUGGCACCAGAAAACUCAGGGAAUAUGGUUGAGCCCCUUGUACCCACGAAUUGUUCACGGAACUCACGGACCUGGAGAGUCACCGACACAUUUUAAAGCCGACCUCGUCAGUUACUUGAUGGCUUACAACGCUCCUCCUCUCAAGGGGUGGAUAGACACCAUCCAGGAGCAUGAUCUUUCGGAAACAAAUGUUUACCUCAUUGGAUCAACCCCAGGACGCUUUCAAGGAGAUCAGAAAGAUAAUUGGGGACAUUUUAGACUUAGGAAGCUCCUGAGAGAACACACCUCACCCAUCCCUAAAGCAGAGGCUUGGCCCAUAGUAGGUCAGUUUUCAAGCAUCGGCUCCAUGGGGACCGACGAAUCAAAAUGGUUAUGUUCUGAGUUUAAAGAGAGUCUGCUGACACUGGGGAAGGACGGCAGGACUCUAGGAAAAAGCACCGCUCCCCUUCAUCUGAUCUAUCCUUCAGUGGAAAAUGUGCGGACAAGCUUAGAAGGAUAUCCUGCCGGGGGCUCUCUCCCCUACAGCAUCCAGACAGCUGAAAAGCAGAAUUGGCUGCAUUCGUAUUUUCACAAGUGGUCAGCCGAGACGUCUGGCCGCAGCAGUGCCAUGCCGCAUAUUAAGACCUAUAUGAGGCCCUCUCCAGACUUCAGCAGCAUUGCCUGGUUCCUUGUCACAAGCGCGAAUCUGUCCAAGGCCGCCUGGGGAGCUUUAGAGAAGAACGGUGCCCAGCUGAUGAUCCGCUCCUAUGAGCUUGGAGUCCUUUUCCUCCCUUCGGUCUUUGGCCUGGACAGCUUCAAAGUGAGACAGAAAUUCUUCUCGGGCAGCCAGGAGCUGAUGGCAUCGUUUCCGGUGCCGUAUGAUCUGCCUCCGGAACUUUAUGGAAGCAAAGAUGACACUACCUUGCUUGCUGCAAGUGAAGAGGAUUUGAAGCACUUAUUGAUGAAGAUCAAAGACCACAGCCUUCAGUAUGGAUUAUACCUCAACGUAAAGAAAACAAAAACCCUCACAACUAGACCAAUAAGCGACAUCAUAAUAAAUGGAGAAAAGACUGAGGUUGUGAAGAAUUUUGUUUGACUUGGAUCCACAAUCAAACCCCAAAGAAGCAGCAGUCAAGAAAUCAAAAGACACAUCGCACUGGGCAAAUCUGCCGCAAAAGAUCUCUUUAAACUCUUGAAAAGCAAAGAUGUCACUUUAAGGACUAAGGUGCACCUGACUCAAGCCAUGGUAUUUUCAGUCACCUCAUACGCAUGCAAAAGCUGAAUGAUGAAUGAGGAAAACCAGAAAAGAAUUGACGCCCACGGACUGCCGAAAGAACAAACAAAUCUGUUUUGGGAAGAAGAACCGCCAGAAUGCCCCCGAGAAGCAAGGAUGGCGAGAUUAUAUCUUACAUGCUUUGGACAUGUUGUCAGGAGGCAUCAGUCCCUGGAAAAGGACAUCAUGCUUAGUAUAGCAGAGGGUCAGCAAAAAAGAAGACGACCCUCCAUGAGAUGGAUUGACACAGUGGUUGCAACAGUGGGCUCCAGCGUAACAACAAUUGUGAGGAUGGUGCAGGGCCAGGCAGUGUUUCGUUGUGUUGUUCAUAGGGUUGCUGUGAGUCGAAACUGACUCAGCGACACCUGUCUACCAUUUUACCAUCUGAUGUGAUUUCCCUAUGUGUUGUAAAUCCCAUCACUAUGAUAUAAUAAGACAGAUUAGUGGCAGUUAUAUUGAUGAGGUCUACAAGAUUAGAUGGUGUCUUAAGCCAAUCUCUUUUGAGAUAUAAAAGAGAAAAGCGAGCAGAGAGACAGGGAACCUCAUACCACCAAGAAAGCAGCUCUGGGAGCAGAGUGCAUCUUUUGGACCUGAGGUUCCUGCGCUGAGAUGCUCCCAGACCAAGGAAAGACUGAUAACAAAGACCUUCCUCCAGAGCCAAUAAAGAAAGCCUUCCCAUGGAGCCAGUGUCCUGAAUUCGGACUUCUAGCCUACUGGAUUGUGAGAGAAUAAAAUUCUCUUUUUUAAAGCCAUCCACUUGUGGUACUUCUGUUAUAGCAGCACUAGACAAGACAGCACGUAACAACAACAACAGUUACUGGUGAUGUUAACUUUGAUCACUUGGUUAAGGAGAUAUCUGCCAAGUUAUAUGUAAUCUUUUACAAGUAUAUUUCAUAAUAAAAAGUUAAGUGGCUGGAACUAAUAUUAUAAUGCAAAUAUAAUGACUCAAUAGAAAAGUGCCUUAAGACCUGCCUGCUUGGCAGAUGAGAUACGCAUGAUAGAGAUUUAAUACAUGUAUAUUGUAUGUAAUCCUCUAGCAUGCUUUAAAGCCACUUUUCUAAAUGGUUUAAUCAUUCCUUGCUAUGUCUGAUUAAUUUUAAAUCGUCCCUUGCAUUCAGAUAGUCUAGAAAUAAACUUCAGUCUAGACCCGUCAGAAUUAUUGCUAAAUCAAAAGCGUUGAGAUUCAUAAAGUAUUUUAUAAUGGAAGCAGAAAGUUGAUUAAAAAUUUAUAUUAUCCAAAUGUAAAAAGAGUAAUCACUUAAAAUUAUUGAUAUUAUGUCUUAUUUUACUUUUUAAGGGCCUGUUUUUGAAAGAUCUAUAGAAACGAGGUUUUGUUUUGUUUUGCUUUAAGGAAGCAGCCAAAAAAAAUUUUUUAGACAUGAUUUUGAUCAUUUUUAAUAAAAUCUAGUUUUGUUUCAUAGCUCAAACCGAAGGCCGAAAGUAAGCUACUAGCUCAUCUUUCAAAAUUAUUUUUGUAAUCAGGAAGCUUGAAGAAGUCUAGAAUUAUCUUAGUAAAUAAGAGUAAUUUAUCCGAUUCCUUUGAAUUAAGUACUUGGUUUUUAGCAAUUUGAAUUAUUCUCCCCAACUAGUUAGAUUUUUCUGUUCCGCUGUAUAUAGCCACAGAUGGACACGUGCCGUUCCUCACAGAGAACGGUGUUGAUGUACUUCAGAUAAUACUGAUACUGCAAUUACAAAAGACUGCAUUUCUGCUGGAUCGGGUGGGACAUCUUUUGGAACUGUCCUUCAUAUUUCAAGCUGACGUGUCCUUCUGUGCAUUACUUGAUGUCAGAGUAGGUGACAGCAAAGUGGCAUCAGAACUCUUAUCUGUCUGCUUUUUCUGUUUGGGAUCCCACCCACAGGCACACACCCCACUCUGCCUGCGCCCCCUGUAAGGAAACAAUUGGAAGUGUUGCUCAGGUGGCAGACAGUGGCUUCUGCAGGUGGUAUGUCCAGUUCCCCUGGAAAGAAGACAGUGGGAGGGUGGAGUCAUAAAUUCCUACCAAGGGCCAUUUCUUAGAGGGUUGGAGGAAAGAGCUUGUUACCUGGCUUAAUAGAAGAGGAUUUUUUACUUAAAUUAGGGCCUACACAGCACAUAGGAUAAUGACAGUCCUCAUCUUCC